GUGGAGCUCAUCGGUUCGCUCCUCGCCAUCUGCUGCAUGAUUUUCCUGGGCUUUGCAGAUGACGUUCUGAAUCUGCGCUGGCGCCACAAGCUCCUUCUUCCUGCCAUGGCCUCCCUCCCGCUGCUCAUGGUUUACUUCACCAACUUUGGGAACACGACCAUCGUGGUGCCUAAGCCCUUCCGGGUGCUGCUGGGCAUGCGCUUGGACCUGGGUAUCCUCUACUACGUCUACAUGGGCAUGCUAGCAGUGUUCUGCACGAACGCCAUCAACAUUCUCGCUGGAAUUAAUGGAAUUGAAGCAGGGCAGUCGCUGGUGAUAGCCGCUUCCAUUAUCAUCUUCAACAUCGUAGAGUUAAACGGGGAUUAUCGAGAUGAUCACAUUUUUUCUCUCUACUUCAUGAUUCCCUUUUUUUUUACCACGCUGGGGCUGUUUUACCACAACUGGUACCCAUCUCAAGUGUUUGUCGGGGACACCUUCUGCUACUUCGCUGGCAUGACCUUCGCCGUGGUGGGGAUCUUGGGGCACUUCAGCAAAACGAUGCUGCUUUUUUUCAUCCCGCAAGUGCUCAACUUCCUCUACUCGUUGCCUCAACUCUUCCAUAUCAUUCCUUGUCCCCGCCACCGGCUGCCAAGGCUCAACCCUAGUACAGGGAAGUUGGAGAUGAGCUACUCCAAAUUCAAAACUAAGAGCCUCUCUGCCCUGGGAACAAACAUUCUGAAGGCAGUCAAGAUCUUGCACAUAGUAGAUGUGAGGAGUGGAACGGAUGAAGAUGGCGAAUACACGGAGUGCAAUAAUAUGACUCUUAUUAACUUUGUUAUAAAGCUGAUUGGACCCACCCACGAGCGAAAUCUCACUCUCCUGUUGCUACUCAUUCAGGUCCUGGGCAGCACGAUUGCAUUUUCAAUCCGGUACCAACUAGUGCGCUUGUUUUAUGACGUCUGACCGGGCUGUCGAGAGC